AUGAAAAUUUCGAAUCAGGCCCUUGUUUAUGCUGCUGAUUAUCAUUAUUCGUCAUUCAAAUUAGAAUGUGAACCGAAAUUAAAUGAUAAAAAACAAGGUGUCAAAAUGGUGAAUGAGUUAAUGAAAUAUAUUAAAAUUGAUUUUUUACGUGCUUAUCCUCUUUUUACUAAACCGUUAUUAGUUGAUCUAUGGUGGAUAGAUUCAGAAGGUAAUCUUCAAAUGAUUAUCAAAACGACAGAACUUUAUAUUUAUUUAUGUAAUAAAAAUAGAUAUCCAAAUGAAUUGUUUAAUUUUAAAAUUAAACCAAAUCCACCUGCUCAUUUACCUCCACAACAUGUAGUUAUACUAAAAUGGGUAAGGAAUUCAAUAGCUGACAAUGAUAUUAGAGAAGAAUUGAAUAUGACAUAUAAAAGUAUUCAUUCUAUUUCAACUAUGAAUGGUACUUUAAAUGAUAGAACAAGACAUGUAAAAAUCGAAUUAUUAGAUAAAACUGAAUAUGAAUUAAUUUUAAACAACAAAAAAAUUAGUUUAAUGGGUCAAAUGUUCGAUGUGGCUGAAUUUCUUCCUGCAUCUAAGAUUCUUAUAUGUGGAAGAUGCAAUAAACCAGGGCAUACAAAAAGAAUUUGUCAAAAUUCAACCUUUGAUAUCUGUCGUCGCUGUGGUGGUGAUCGUUCAAAUGCUGAAGCACAUAAUGAUUGUCAAAUUAAGUGUCACCAUUGUGGUAGUCAACAUAUUUCAACUGAUUAUAAAUGCCCUUUAAUGGAGGAAUUUCGACGUGAACUAAUAAAUGAACUUAAAAAACAUCCGGAAAAGCUACCUCAACACAUACAACUUUUUAUUCCAACAGAAUAUCGGAAUAAAGAAGAUAAAACAAAAUAUAUUCAAAACACCUCAUCUUAUCAACAAAAAGAACAAAAUCUUAAUUUAAACAAUCAAAGUAUUUGA